AAAAAAAAUCAAUAUAUGCACAUGACGGAUAGGAAUAUAAAAACAAAAGAAUCUUAAAGAUAUUAUUAAGAUGGAUAUGACUCUAUUGGUUAUCCUAUUGAUUUUUCUCACACUGCCAAGCAUCAAAAGUGAUUGUGUUCUUAGGAAGAUUCUUCCUACUUCUUGCUGUCCUCGUUUUAAUUCUCCAUCGCUUAAAUGCAACAGACUCAGUGAACUAAAAUUUUGGUUACAAAACGAUGAAAAUAUUGGUAAAAUAUCACCGCAUAGUUCAGUUUGUGAGCUAACUAUUUUGAACGCAUUUGAUCAAACCAACGAAAGCAUUAUUGUCGGACAAUUUAUGAAUCAUACGCUAUUAAAAGACGUUGCAGUAUUGAAUUUAUACAAUUCGUCAUUACAGGAUUUUCAAAGUAUUUUAAACCAAAAACGACUAUGUGGCCUCAGCAUUAAUUGUGAUUUUCCGGAAAAUGUGUCAUUCAUAGCCAAUACGGAAUUCAAAUUGUUACUUAGUCUAAGCUUGGAAAGAUGUAAUUUGAAUGGUUUAACCGAGAAUUGGCUUCAAUUAAUGAAAGCAAACAACCUUAGAACUUUGAAAUUGACUGAUUCAAAUUUAACAUCUUUAAAUAAAGUGGAUAAAAAUCUCUUAAGUAAUCUCCAGACAUUGGAUUUAUCAAGGAAUAACUUAAUGAGCUUAAAUCUCUCUAUGUCAAAUUUCACAGAAAUUAAAUACUUAAUUCUAAGAGAAAAUUCUAUAAGUUUCAUUAAAGAUGGAUUUUUUAACUUUGCUAAAUCUUUAAAUACUCUGGAUUUAUCUCACAAUGAUCUAUCCCAAUUAUCUUGUAACACUUUUACAGGAUUACGAAAAUUAAAGAGAUUUAAAUUAAAUUCUAAUUACUUAACAAGUCAAAAAGAUAUAUUAUGCGCCUUCGAGGAAUUUCAACAUCUUGAAUUGUUAGAUAUAUCUUUUAAUAUAUUUACUAAAAUACCAAGUUUAAAGGCAUUUGUCAUUUAUUUGGAACAUUUAAAUUUGAAAAACAAUUCUAUAUCAUCAGAAAUGGAUUACUUAAUGCCAUUAGUAAAUAUAAAAUAUUUGGAUGUGUCUUAUAAUCAAAUUUCAUCUAUAUCUCUGCCAAAACUCAGAAAUGAUUUUGAAUUUUUGGAUAUAAGUCACAAUCUAAUAAAGAGAUUGCCACAGCAAACGGAAAUACUUGUCAGGAAAGGUGGUAGAGCUAGAUUUCAGAAAAACCCUCUAGAAUGCGAUUGUCAUGUACUAUGGUUGAGGAAGUUUUCGUUAGGAUUUCAAGUUCUACCAAAAUAUAUGUUGGAUGUAACUUGCUCAAAACCUAUUGUUGAAUAUUUACUACAAAUUGACGAUUCAUACUUCAAUUGUUUACCACCGCAUAGCAUUGAUAUAAAAGUAUUAAACAGGAAUGGUAAACGUUAUGUGUCAUGUACGGCAGAGGGCAUACCUAAGCCGGAUGUGCUAUGGAUAUCAGUCAAAAUAGACACAAACAAUUCAAAUAGCAAUAUAUUAAACAAAUCAACAGUUGACAUGGAAAUAAUAACCGAAUUAGCAGAAUAUAAAUCAUAUCUAUGUCAAGCUAAGAACGUUUUAGGCACUGCGGAAAGUAAAUCGAUGAUAAUUAUAGAAUCACCACAAACGUCGCCUAACAAAAAGGAAACCAAAGAACGUACAUUCAGCGUGAAUAUUCUUAUAAUAUCAGUUUUUGGAACAUUUGUCGGGACUCUAUUAUUAGUAGGAUUACUAAUUUUAGCAAAAAGAGCGAAAGGGAAGGAUAAAAUACUUCAGGAGGAUUUUGGAACAGUUGCACGUGGAAGUGGCUGUUUACAUCCUCACGUACAUAUUUUGUAUAAAAAAGACGAUCCCCAUUCAAUCGAAUCAGCAACAAAUGCAAAUAAAAACAUAUCUACUUCGGCUCUUUUCUAAUGUACAAAGCUUUUUCUCUGUACUUGUUCUCUCUUCUUUCUCUCCCUCCUCAAAAAUACUUUUCUAUUACUUUCAUCGUAGAAUAAUACAGAAAAUUUGUGGCAAACAUCAUGAAAUAUCAUUUUGCAAUUCUUAUUGCAAUUUCUGAUUUAUUCAUCUUAUUCCAUCCCUCCUAAUUAAGUCAAAGAAAUAUAUUCUACUUAUUAAAAAUAGGCUGGAAUGUUAUAUAUAUAUAAUGACAAAUAGAUGUCAGCACCGUAUGCUCAUAAGUUUCAAACUAAGAACAAGUUUAAUGUAUAUUGAUUUAUGCAAUUCACAAGAAAUGUUACGAAUUAUGAAAUUUCAUUUAAAUAAAAUAUCUACUUUUUUCAAUAGAAA